UUGACAACCCUAACGCUCUCCAUUUUCGUCGCGUUUCGCUUCGUGCUCUGGAAUAGAAUAGAAUCCGAUUUUUGGAAAAUAAAACACAACAAACGAAAAUGAAUCACCUAAAAUGGAUGGGGCACUCGUCCACAAUAAUGGAUAUACAGCGCGUUCUGCUGCAUCAACAAAGCAACAAUCAACAAUGCGAGGUAUUGCUCGUGGCCAAAGACGGCAUCAGUGUGCGCGCCCAUCUUUUCGUACUGAGUACGUGCAGCGAUCUGAUGCGCAACCUGCUUGUCGAUUUACCCGCCGGCCAGGAGGCAACUGUCAUCCUGCCAGACAUUCGUGGUGAGCUGCUCGAGAGCAUGUUGUCGUUUAUUUACAUGGGAGAGACGAGCUUACCCUCCGCCCUGCUCACCGAGUUUCUCGAGGCCAUUAAUCUAUUGGGCAUAAAGUCUGCCAUUAGUUUCGAAACCAAUCCCACAGCCAUGACCACCUCAAAUGUCAUAAGCGGCGCUAUGGCGGUCGAGGCAGCCAAGUCAAUAAGCGGCUUACACAUUGCGAAUACAGCUCUUAUGGAGGAGGAGGAAGAGGAAGAUGCUAGUGCGGUGGUCGGUAAACUGGAGGUAGGCAAUGCAGUGCUCGCAAACCCCCAGCAGCAGCACGAACAAGAAGGCCGAACCUUGGAAUUCCUUGAUGUGUAUGGUGAACAGCCCAAAAUAACGUAUUCGAUUGAGCACAUGGGUGGCACAAGCAGCGGCAACCAAUAUAUAUUAACAGAGAACACGGGAACAUUUACUAUAACACAAUCAGCAUCGUCUGUGGCUAAAUUAGGUGUGGCAGGAAGUUCCGCUGUGGUGGAAUCUGUGGCGACUGGUGAGAUGGGCGAUGAUGAUGCAGAGGCUGAAAAUACGGACGAACAGGACGAAUCGGAGUCACAGUUAAUUGAGGAGGAGUAUGUUGGAUCAGGUGAUCCUUUAAUAGAGAUGACCGCAGAUGCGGAUGUUGAUAUGCACGAAGAUGGAAUGCAUGAAGGCGAACCUGGAGACGAGGAGGAAGAUGAUGAAUUGCUGGAUGUGAAACCCCGAAAAGUUCAUCUAGAUAUGAAUAUGAUAAAAGCAAAGGCACGCCAACGGCCAAUGUCGGCAAAGGUUACAAAAAAGACAAUGACAAAACAGUAUCAACAACACGCCGCACUUAAAAAAGAAAGCAAGGAUGACAUCAAUGAUGCCCUCGAUCUGGCAGCAGCUGCCGUACUCCACGAAGGGCUCAGCCUGCAAAAGGCUGCCGAUCGCUACGACAUAUCGAAAACCGUGCUGUGGCGACGAGUGCGCUCCAAUCCGGCCUACAUGAGGAUAAAGCGUGAAAAGCCAUCGCUUUCGGAAGCAUACGAGCGCUUAAAAAACGGCGACUCGUUGAAAAGCAUAAGCCAGGAUCUGCAUAUACCCAUGUCGACGCUGCACCGACAUAAGGUGCGGCUGGCGGAACAGGGACGCCUGCCCGAUUUUGUUGCUUGCCGGCGGCGGGAUAGCACACCAAAGGAUGAACUGCGCGACAAGCUUGCCAAAGCGGUGCAUGCCUGCAUAAACGGAGGCAUGUCGCAAAAUCAUGCAGCAAAUCUCUUCGAAAUACCCAAAAGCACGCUCUGGCGGCACUUGCAGCGCCGCGUGACCGAGGCGGAGCGUAAAGUCAAGGAGGAACAGGAAGAGGAUGAAGAUGAGGAUGUUCUUAAUUAAAAUAUGCAUGCAUACAUUCGUA